AAUAUUGAAAUCUGCAAAACAAUAAGAACUUAGAUCAAAUUAUUCGAACUUGACAAGUGAAAUCUCUAGCUUUAAGAUAAAAUUGCUCUAAAAUAACUAUUUUCUAGUGAAAGCUGCAUUAUUUUUCUUUAGGAGAAUAUUAAAGUCUAGGGAGUACAAAACGUAUAUCAAACGUUUGUUUUCCGGACAAUUUUUCCGAGAACCCACAAUUGAAUGCUAUCAAAAUGAUAGAUAUAAAAAAAUUCAGCGAGACAGAUCUGUAUGGUCUUUUGGGGGUUGAAAUUGGAGCUUCAGAGGCAGAGGUCCGUAAAGCAUACCGCAAGAAGGCUCUUCAAUGCCAUCCAGACAAGAACCCCGACAAUCCGAAGGCGGCGGAACUGUUCCAAGAACUUUCCAAAGCGUUGGAAAUUUUGCUCGACGUCUCAGCUCGUGCCGCGUACGAUAAACUAUUGAAUGCCAAAAAGGCCGCGCAGUUGCGCGCUCAGCAGCUGGACAGUAAACGCCAGAAGCUUAAGAAUGAACUGGAAGAAAGGGAACGUCUUGCCAGAGAAGCAGCCACCAGUCGCGGAACAAGCUACAAAGUGAACAAAACACCGGAGGAACUGUUCAAGGAGGAAUUCGAGCGGUUGCAGAAGGAAGGCUCGAAACUGAUCGAGGAAGAACAAGAACUGCUGCGGCAACAGUUGCGCGAGGAAAAAUCAUUGCACGCACGAUCGGAGUCCAGUUGGGAUGCGUCAAAGCAUAGAAUUAAGAUUAAGUGGAAGGCAGACAAGGAUGAUUCGACGAAUGGUGGCUACACGGAAGACAUUCUGCACAAAUUCCUUUCCAAAUACGGUGAUAUAAACGUGUUGGUGAUGAGUCCGAAGAAGAACGGAAGUGCACUGGUUGAGUUCAAAACGCAAGAAGCAGCAGAAAUGGCAGUAAGCUACGAGAAAGGUCGGCUGGAUAAUGCCUGCAGUUUGGAGUGGAUCGGCGAUGCGCCCAAGAACAAAAAAUCGCGUACCGGAGGAACAGUUACCGAGCGAGAUUUUGAGAGUUUGGUGUUGCGCCAGCUACGGCAAGCGGAAGAAAGGAAACGUCUGAUAGAGCAAAUGAUGCGAGAGGAUGCCGAGGCGGAAUCGGCGACGGGAUAGUAAUUCUGACACUACUGAGCAACGGUCUUAGGUUCGUUUACGUGUAUCACUUUUUUUUGUUGUUGUUAGCGUUAUUAUCUGUCACUAUGAUUUUUUUUACAAUAAUUUUAAAUUUGUGAAUUCCUAAAAUUGUGUAGUAAAAUGGUUCUACACCAGUUCGGAAAGCGAUGGCGAUCUCCCAAAAUUAACCAAAAUAAUA